AUGGACCGAGAGAGAGCUGCGCUAUUGUCGGAUACUCUCGAGGACGACCAGACAUCAUCCCCUCUAGCAAAUGAUGCGAGCGCCAAGACAUCUUCAUCAGAUGAGCGGUACUUUGAAAAUUUCGGCAACAGAGACCAGCCGUCUCGGCGCCAUCGGCGGUGGAAGGUAGUCGCUGCACUUGCAGUGGCCACGGUCGUCGUCGCUCUGGUCAGCUCUCCGACAGUCUACACUUCAGGCUUAUCAAGCAAGACGGUAGAAGCCCUGUCAUACGUUUGCCCGACGUUAUCGGAUCCGGCAAAGACUGCAGAAGAUUCCUUCUACACAGACAGGGAGACGAUAGAGAAGCUCAAAGGUCUUCACAUCGCCGUUGAGGAAGUAGCUGGCUACCACGGCGAAGUGGUAGCCGCGACGCUAUACGCCGCCCAAGGACUCGGCAGCCGGAUCACGCUCUUUCGCGAUUAUCUCGGUGGGGGCCUUGACACUAUCGUCGGAGCCUAUUACCAAGGAUGCAAUCUACCCACGGCUGCGCUCAUUCAGAUGCUGAGCUAUGGCCCCUGGAAGGGCUCUCUUGUGGAUGACAGCGCCGAGAACGUGCCUGGACCGCCGACGAGCAAGCACAUAGAGCUGAACGCGGCUAAUAACGCAACACUGGAAGCUUACUUCUCGGCGCAUCCGAUCGAGGUUCUGCUACUCAGCUCGUGCUCGGAAUCGAUCGGCGUGUAUGGCAAAGAUAUUGUCGAGGCUUGGGACGCUCGGCCGUUCGAUGCCAAGUUCCAGGUCGUUUGCACUAUACAUCAUGCUGACCGCUUCACAUGGGGCGACAAAUUUUUUGGCCUCGAGCAACGAGGCGCGCUCAAAAUCCUUACACUCAACAAGGCCGCUCAGACCUUUGCGUACGAUCGCUCAAUGUCAUACGCGUCUUCCGCUGGCGAACGCGGCGGCCUAGAGCUGUCGUUCGAUUCAGUCCUCAUUCGAGCCUUUGCACCCAUCUUUCCAGUGCCCGGACUGCCUCCGCGGCCAGCCAACGCUGAGCUUGAUUCGGUGGUCGUCCAAGGCGGUCUCAGCCAGACCAAGCGUGACUAUGCGGGCAUCUUCAGCGAUAUGCAAGGUUUCCUGGAAGAGGACGCAUCCUUAUGGGGCUACCGCUACGAUGCCUCGACGGAAAUGUACGAAGAAGACACGUCAAUUGCACAGCCGUUCAAGAUCCACCUCAUCGGAAGCGGGCGUCUCGCUGUGCCCAUGAACAUCAGCAAGAUUGCAAUCGUUCAGUCUGGCUUGGAUUAUAUCUCGUUCUACCGGCUCAUCAACUCAGCGCAACUGCUAAUGCCCGCUUUCAAUCUCGAAGGCUAUCUGACGACGAUGGCCUCUAGCUCCAUCGCUGCUGCCGUAUUGUCCAUGACGCCCGUCUUGGCAGACAACCGCAUCAUGCGGGCCUACUCUUAUCUCAACGAGCGCAAUGCGGUCAUCAAGCCCUUUGACAUGUCUGACAUGCAAGCUGUCAGGCGACUCAAAUUCGGUGAAAGCCUGGUAGAGGGACGACCAAACGCCAAACUGGGACAAUGGCGAGACGACUAUUGGCAGCUUGACGUGCCUUCAGUCUGGGCAGAUCGCCAUCACACAAGCUAUGCGCGAACACAAGCUGAGAUUGACGCUGCCACGCGCGACAUCCACCAACAAAACCGUAAGCAUCUGGCAUACACAAUAUUGAAUUGA